AUGAUAUUCUCAUAUCAUCAUAGUAUUUUAUAUCUUUUCACAACAUUAUUUAUUACUGUCAUUGGUCAAAGAACAUGUGAAGAUUUUUCUGCUGAUCAAGAUUGUACAAAAUUUAUUCGAUGUUUUCAUAAUUUACGUAUUAAAUUUACAUGUCCAUCUGGUACAGCAUGGGAAGAUUCAUUAAAAACAUGUGCAUGGAAAGAAUAUGUUGAAUCAUGUAAUGAAGAAAGUUCACCAAGUCCACGUCAUCUCGAUACAAUUGAUAAUACAAUAGAAACAUAUGAAGCUGAUCCACAUGCUCUUGAUAAUAUUACAAUUAGUCAAACAUUAGCUGAAGCACGAGCACUUGGUCCAAUUGUAACACCUAAACGAUAUCAAUGUACAUACUGUACUGUUGGUGUUUGUAAUCCUACUAUUAAUACUGUUCAAUGUUUGUGUGGUACUAUUCAAUGUCCACAAGCAACAACACCGCCUCGACCACGAAGUCCAUGUGAUCAAAAUCCAUGUUUGAAUGGUGGUCAAUGUAUUCCAAAUGGACAAGGAUUUCUUUGUAAUUGUCCAUCAACACAUGUUGGUAAUCGUUGUGAAGCUCCAGCUGUUACAGUAUGCCAACCAAGUCCUUGUCAAAAUGGAGGAGCAUGUAUACCUCAAGGUACAACAUUUCUAUGUCGAUGUCCACCAACAUUUACUGGUCGUUGCUGUGAAAAUCGAGUAACAACAACACCAUUUAAUCCAUGCACUCAAUCACCAUGUCGAAAUGGUGGACAAUGUAUUCCGACAGGGACAUCAUAUCUUUGUCAAUGUCGUACAGGAUUUUAUGGUUCACAAUGUCAAAAUCAAAAUUAUUGUAUGCCAAAUCCAUGUGCUAAUAAUGGUUUGUGCCAACAAACGACUACCGGUUAUAUUUGUACAUGUUCUCCUCCAUAUACUGGUACCAAUUGUCAGCAGAUUAUGACUACAUUACGCACUACUAUUGCUACACAACAACCAUGUCCUUCGUGUCCAUGUGUAGUGACACCAUGUCCAACGGUUGUUGUGAUGAAUCCAUGUACGCCAAAUCCAUGUCAAAAUGCGGGAGGAUGUGGAGUUCAAAAUAAUGGAGCACAAUGUUGGUGUACAGCUCAAUAUACUGGCUAUUAUUGUCAAUAUCGUCGUGGUGCUCGAUCAUUAACGUCAAGAGUAUGUAAUAAAACAUGCCUUAAUAAUGGUAAAUGUUAUAUAGAUGAAAAAAGUGGUCAAGCACGAUGCUCAUGUUCAAAUGAACAUUAUGGAUCAAAAUGUGAAUUUAUUAAUCGACCAAGAUCAUGUUCACCAAAAAAUCCAUGUAUGAAUAAUGCAAAAUGUAUUAUAACAAAAGCUGGUUCACAAUGUGUUUGUCAAAAGGGUACAUCGGGUGUUCUAUGUGAAAAAAUUCAACGAUCAAAUGCUAAACAAUAUUGUUCACUUGAUUGUCAAGCUGGUGGUACAUGUGUUUAUGUAAAAUCUAAAGCUCAGUGUCGUUGUCCAAAAGGUCGAACUGGUCGUUUAUGUGAAUCACGUUCUGGUAAAUUCUUAUCGAAUGAUGAAGAUGAAAUUGAUAUGUUUUAA